AAUUUGGCCUGGCACUCUUUUGCGACUACGUGGCUCGUAGAUAACCCCGCCUCGAAAAAAAGACAUGCAUGAAUGACGGAUUAGCGAUAUUGGCAAAAUCAUAUAUAUAUUUACAACUAGGAUGAAGGUUUAGAAUAAAAAACGCAAUUAUAUAAUGCGAAAGUAUUUACCGUCGUCAGUUACGACUGUCAUCCUGAUUCGUCGUCCCACGACUUUCUGCAGUUUCUCACGUAUACCACUGGAGACAAACACGCACGCACUCACAUUUCCCUGAAUCGUUUGUUCCUAUCACCCUCCUUGAUCGUAACUAUAAACACAUUGAGGCUACAAAAAUAAUUAUUAGCAUUAUUAUUGCGAUGUGGAAGUGCGCGAGGAGUGGCUCUGUAUCGCGCGGGAGACGUAUCAAAAUUAAGGUCACAUGUUUGCCAUUUGUCCAGUCCGGCUGCAACACUCCCUCCUGUCGAUCCGAACUGCGCUGAGCUAUGCCGCGGUGUGCCGCUGCGUCCCGCGCGAAAAUUCCACGUUUCCAGAAGCCACUCUGAAAAUUAAAGGAACAUUGGAGAACGAAUGCCACAAGGAUUGACAAAGACGAUCGAGCGGUUCGUUCCAGCUGCGCUCAACCCCUUGACUUAUGAUGAACUCUCAGCAAGUGGUCCAGGGACGCACACGCACACGGGUUACUCGUCGUGGACGCUUGUGACGCGCUGGAAGUAAGAGCGCGAGUAGUCCGGAGGGAGGGAGAGCAAUUCUUCGACGGCCCUGUUUCUUCUAUGGCCGAUAUCGCAGCUUCGUUAACGAAACAUAUUAUCGCUGCAGCGUCACACUGGGAUCCCUCCACUGGAUUCUGUAAAGUUAUAAAUCACCGAGGCGCGACACGUACGACGCCAGUAUACCGUCUGAGCUCCACAAUAGUUUCAAAGCCUGAUGCAAAUCGAACCACAGUAAUUCGGUGAUUGCGCGUAUCCCCCGUCUAACGUGAGAAAGCCGUUGAUGAUUAUUUUUUCAACGAAGCCGCGACGAGUCUGCAUGCAGUUUCAAGAAAUUGGAAAACUCGCAACUACAUUUAGUCGAAAUAAACGAAGGGCAGUAAUCGAGAAGAGUCUCUCUCGUAAGGAAAUCGCAAAUCUGCUGUUCGACAAGUGCCUGGGUUGCCAAAGAAUGGCCAUCGUUCCACAAGGAGCAUUUGCCACGCGCAAAGUUCGACAGAAUCAAGAGCGUGCUUUCAUGAUUUCAAAGAUGGCAGAAAAGGGAAGCGACAACGAGAGCAAAGGAAAUGGAUACAGCACCAAAUCUUCCACGGAAGUUAGGGAACUGACUCCGCUAAAGUACAACAGCAAGCUGAUGAAUAGCAUUUGGGGACUGUAUAAUCGCUAUUCGGUGCACAACUUCAAAAAAAACACCGAUGCCAACGACGGGGCCAUUGCGGCGGCCUGGGGAGCUUUGAUUAAUUUCGAUGCUCCUCCUGCUACGACUACGGCCUCGGUCGUAGCAACGGUCGCCGCGAAGACUGCAGAGAUCUUUCGAUCUGGAAACGGCCUUUGAGCGGCGCAGCUCAACAGCCGUCACUUCCGACCCGGAUAUCCGUUGCACCAAACUCCGGUCAAUUGCAUUGCAUUUGACUAUACGUAUAUGCACUCAUGCGCCUCAAUCUCCCGAGGUCCUCGACUGUCCUCAAUUCAACGGAAUAUAUAUAUGUGUAUGCGUCGUUAUUUUAAAUUUUUUCCUUCGCUGUAUUUUAGAAUUAUUGUAAUGUUACUGCUACAUGUGAUAUUAAAAGGUGAAUGAUAUCAUC